AUGGAAAAUAAAAGAGAUAAAGCAGAAUUUUUUCGAAAACUCUCGUUAAAAGUACCUAAAUUUUCCAAAUGCUCUAUGUCUAAUUGCUUUAAUCUGACACGAUGUCUUGAACUGGAACGCUUCAAAGUUUAUGUAUACCCAAUGAAUAAUGAUACUCCUAUAUCAAGUCUUUAUUCUAAUAUCCUCAGGGUAUUGCGCGAAAGCUAUUAUUAUACGGAUGAUCCGAAUUUGGCGUGUCUUUUUGUGUUGAAUGUUGAUACUAUCGACCGUGAUGGGAGGAGUGAAAAUUAUGUCAAAAAUAUGAAUGAUCUGAUCGAUAAUUUACCGAAAAAAGUUUGGAAUGAAGGACGAAAUCAUUUAAUUUUCAAUCUUUACCAUGGGACAUAUCCAGAUUACGCUGAUCAUAAUCUUGGUUUCAAUGUCAGUUAUGCUAUGAUUGCUCGUGCGAGUGCGAAUACUCAGGUUUUCAGAAGCAACUUUGAUCUUUCAUUUCCUCUUUUUCAUGCACAGCAUCCAUUGCGCACUACUGCCGAAAUGGAUUUUCAGGCUAUUUGGUCCUUGAAUUUCAAAGAUACUUAUUUGGUAAGUUUCAAAGGGAAACGCUAUGUAUAUGGUAUUGGAUCAGAAACUAGAGAUUCACUUUAUCAUUUACAUAAUGAACAUUCUGUAGUGAUGGUUACUACAUGUAAGCAUAAUAACGACUGGAAAAAAUAUAAAGAUGCUCGAUGUGAAGAAGAUAACAUUGAGUACGAGAGAUGGGAUUAUGCGAAUACCAUGUCAAAUUCUACAUUUUGCUUAACUCCACGUGGACGGCGCCUAGGUUCAUUUCGUUUUUUAGAAGCGCUUCGCUUUGGUUGCAUACCUGUGAUAUUAUCCGAUAAUUGGGAAUUACCUUUCUCUGAAAUUAUCGACUGGUCACAAGCUGUGAUUGUCGCCCAUGAACAUACAGUCCUUUUGAUUUCUGACAUUCUAAGCUCUGUACCACUGCAAAGAAUAUUGUUUAUGAAGCAACAAGGUCGUGCACUAUAUCAGCGAUAUUUUAGCAGUGUUGAAAAGAUAACCAUCACUGCUGUGCAGAUUGUCGAAGAAAGAAUUCGUAGACAGCGUGGAGAACAGUUAAGGAAUUGGAACUUCAUGUUUUUUCAACAUAACAUUAAAAAUUCUAUGAGGAAUACUCCAAUGUGUACUGUUGUUAUCCGUACUACUACGAAAGUUACUGGACGAUUGUCUCGAAUAAUACAGUUGGUAUCUGAUUUGGAUCAAUUUGAUAAAGUUAUCGUUCUUUGGCCAAGCAGUAAGCGCGUAAAACCAAAUCCGGAGAGUUUUUCUACUGCCAAAGUUAUUGAAAUAUUUGCGACUGAGAAUGAUUAUUACGGACUCUUCAGUAUUGCGAUGACAAAUUUAGAUUUGUUUUUUUCGCAGAAUUUUGUAUUAUUCAUCGACGAACGAGUCCCCGUAUCUUUUGACGAUUUAAUUUUCAUUUCUGAGGUAGCUAAAUCAGAAAACGACCGUAUAAUUGGUUUUUACGCUGCUUCUCAUAAGCUCAAUGAAAAUUCUUGGGAUGUUGAAAUGUCUGUAUCUGAUAUUUAUUCUAUUAUUUUGCCUUAUUUUACAAUCUUUAAGAGAGAAUAUAUUUUAAAGUUUCGUGAAUGGGCUCCUAUGGAAGCGAUUAAUUUAGCGAACCGAAAUACUCAAUGUUUUAUUCUUUUGCUAAAUUUUAUGAUAACUGAAUUAUCCUGGCGCCCUCCUAUUUUAUUAUCAAAUAGAGUGAAUGAAAACUGGAUGAAUGCGAAAAAUUUUUCAUCUUGUUUAAAUAAGCUAAUAAACGAUUUCUGGACAUCUGGUCCGUCUUUAAUUACUAAGUAUUUUACAGCAAGAAGGAAACAAAAUACUUUUCAACUUAUUGAUCGUGAGAGUAGAUCGAAAUUGGCGAUUGGAUCGUUUCAUAUGGCCGUAUCAUGGACAGUAGCAUCCAUAAACUUUUGUUGGAUACCAGUGCAAGUGGAUAUAUUUGAUCUUGGAAAGGAAGUGAAGAACAAAUAA